AUGAAUCUUAGAGUAACCGCCAGUCCGACUUGAUUUUUGCUUUAAGUUACUUCGACGGACGUUCAUUGCGAGUGUCAGGAUUAGCAUAAGGCGAAAUGGCAUCAGCAGCGCUCGAGGGUGGUAAACCAACAAUCAGGCGAAGCCUUACAAAUCUACUAACAUGCCGGCAAGUACUGCACAUAAUGGUAAUGACAGGAUUUAUGUUUAACUACAUGCUGCGGGUUAACAUAACAAUAGCCUUGGUGGAUAUGGUCGAGAAGAGCAAUACUACGAUCAACGGUACUACCGCAAACGCGACAAAUUUCACUGAAACUCGUAGUGGCGGUACGAAAUUUGAUUGGGAUAAACACGCAACUGGUCAAAUAAUCGGCAGUUUCUUUUGGGGCUACAUCCUAACUGAGCUGCCGGGUGGACGCUUAUCCGAAGUGAUCGGGGCACGUAAGGUGCUCGGCUUUGGAAUGGGACUGGCGAGCGUUAUAACUCUUUUCACGCCACUGCUGUGCAAUGGCGGGUAUGUUGUAGUAUCGGUAUUUCGUGCACUGGUAGGAUUUUGUUUAGGCGCCUCGUUUCCCGCUUUGCCGCCUUUAGGUGCGAAGUGGAUUCCGCCGUUAGAAAGGUCGAAAUUUAUGGCGCACCUAAUGGCGUCCGCGCUAGGGGCGGCGAUUACUAUGCCGAUAUGCGGAUUUUUGAUCAAUUCGUUAGGUUGGGAAAGCGUCUUUUACGUGACGGGAAGCGUCGGACUGGCGUGGACUUUCGUGUGGUUUGCGCUGGUCUACGAUUCACCCGCCCAGCAUCCCAGGAUAAGUGACGAGGAGAGGCACGAGAUUGAAACCAAAAUCAAAGAGGCACAAGGCUCGGGAAUGAAACCGAAGCACAUACCCUGGAGAAGCUUUUUUACCUCCAUGCCCGUUUGGGCAAUCGCCUUAACGCAUGGCUGCUCGGUUUACUGCUAUUUCACGCUCGUCAAUCAACUUCCGUUGUUCAUGAAGGAAGUUUACAACGUGAGCAUUCAGAAGAACGGUUUUUUCUCCAGUUUGCCCUAUUGCGGAAAAUAUGCCAUGGCGGUCUUAUCGAGUUGGACAGCGGAUCGUCUGAGAAAAACCGGAAAAUACUCCACCACCUCCAUACGUAAAUCAUUCACCCUAUUUGCGCUACUGGCACCAGCACUCUUCAUGGCGAUAGAAGCAAUCUGGCACGUAAACGAGAACUUUAGCAUUGCCAUAUUCACACUGACGCUCUUUUGCAACGGAGGGGUCGUCGGGGGUUACUUUUCGAGCCCGUUAGACAUCGCCCCCAAUUUUUCGGGUACCAUCAUGGGAUUGGCCAACACCCUUUCGUCGCUAGGUGGCUGGAUUUCGGCAACCGUCGUGGCCGAAAUCACAGAAAAAAAUGGCACGAUCGAGCAAUGGACGUACAUCUUUUGGAUGCUGGUGGUGAUUUACAUCUGCGCCGCGAUCAUUUUCACGAUAUUCGGCUCUGGGGAGUUACAACCAUGGAAUUCGGUACAACGACAACCGAGCAUUACCGACGCGAAGAUCACCGAAAUGCAGCCUCUCCAAAAUGCAGUUAUAAUAAACGCUAAAGCGGAUGAAAAAAUGUGAUAUAUUUAGCGCAAUGAAUUAAUUAGUUAAAUGUAACUCCCUAAUAACGUAAAGCAAUAAAUUUUUUACUCAGGA